UUCCGCUGAUGUGGACGCACUAUGGAGCCUCAAAAGCUCCCUUUUAUUAGUAGAGAUUGUUAGCGCCAUAAUCUAUAUUAUUAAAAGAGAAGUACAAAUUUAGACUUACCCUUAAACUUAUAAAGUAUUUACAAUCCAAUGCCAUUGAAAAUAAAAUAAACCUAUUAUUAGGUAAUGCUUGUCUUUUCUAAUUAUUACAUAAUUUCCUUAAAUAAUUAUAACACUAACAAAGAUUUCGGCAACAAGAGAAUAAAAUAUCCACUUUCCCUAUUCGUAGGUUUCAAAAUAAUCAUAAUAAACAAAAUAUUCUAAAAGUUAAAGCCAAAAAUAUUGUGGCUAAAAUCAUGCCUUUUAUUAUUUUAUGUAUAUUCUAUUAUAAAUAAUAAGCCAAUGUAAAUUCAAUAUGAUAAAUAUGUUUAAAAGUAUAAAGUAUAUAACACCAGAUUUUAAAUAGUACAUAAAAUAAAUUUAUUAUAUCUUAUCAUAAAAUUUUGAUACAUAAAAAAUAAAAAUAUUUGAGCGGAUAUACGGAUCAUAUUCUAAAAGUGUAAGUGAUACAAUUAAUGAAUUACAAGACAAUUUAUAAUACUCAGUAUAAAUUAUAAAAUUAUUGUUUUUAGAAAUUUUAUAUUAAACAACUAUUUUAUAUGGAUAAAAUUUAAAAAUAUAGAUUAUCACACUUUCACAAAAUAAAUAUUUAUUUAUAAAAAUUAAAAACAAAAAGUCGCGCACGAUAAAUUUUAAAAUUAUAGAUUAUUACUUACACAAAAUAAAUAUUUAUCUAUAAAAAGUAAAAACAAAAGACGCGUGGGUGUGCGGAUCAUGAUCUAGUAUAUAAAUUAAAAUCCAACUUUCUCUGCAACACCACUUUCAAAAUAAUACUACUAGUAUUUAUGGUUUUGACUAAAGACAACACUAUUUGAUCGGAUAAUGAUAUGGACUCUUAUUGUUAGAAAGUAAAAAAUAUAUGUGAGUAAUAGCUUAUCGUUUAAUGAUUUUGACUUUUAUUAACGCCAUAGUAAAAACAUUAAAAUCCAACUAUCUACGCAACAACACUUUCAAUUGUCGUUUACUUCCUCUUGCUCCUAAAAGAUCUAUGUUAUAGUUUUUCACACUUAUUAAGAAAACAUAUAAAAUUAUAUUUUCCAAUACAUUAUUUUUUUAAUAAAUUAUUUCCAAUAACUUUUAACCAAUGAAAUUUUAUUAAAUAUAAUUGUAUUUUUGGAAAGUAUAAUUUUUCAUGAAAGAAUGUAUUGAAAAUGUAAAAAAUGUAUAUUUUUGAAACAAUUUUUUUUCUAAAACAUGGAUCUUCUAAAAACGGGGAGAGUAAUAUUUUUUCUUAGUUUUAGUGACGUAAUAAACACAUUAAAAUCCAACCAUGCAACAAUACUUUCUAAAAAAAUACUACUUUUCAGUUUCAAUUACAGACAACAUUAUCUGAUCAAAACUUAAAAAGGUAAUAGAUUGUCGUUUAAUGAUUUUGCUCGUUAUUAGCACCGCAGUAAACACAUUAAAAUCCAGCCAUCUAUGCAACAUUAAUUUCAAAAGUGUUACUCUCUCUGUUCCCGAAAGUAAGAUUUUCUAAAGUGUUUACACUUAUUAAGAAUUCAAUAAAUGUUUAUAAUUUAAUUUUUCUUUUACUUUAUUAUACACUUUCCAAUAACUUUUCACCAAUGAAAUUUAAUCAAUUCAAAUAUUUUUAUUUAAUGUUUCUUAAAAGUAUAAAAAGUACAUUAAACAUAUAGAAAAUCUAUUUUUCUGGAACAAGUAAACAAUCUAAAACAUCUUACUUUCAGGAACGGAGGAAGUAUUGUUUUUUUUUUGUUUUGAUUAAAGACAGCAUUAUAUGAUUGAAACUUAAAAGGCAUUAGAUUUCUGUUUAAUGAUUUUUCUCAUUAUUAGCGCCACAAUAAACACAUUAAAAUCUAACCAUCUCAAUAACAUCACUUUCAAAAUAAUUCUAUUUUUAUUUUUGAUUAAAGAUGACACUAUAUGAUCAAAACUUAAAAAGGCAAUAGAUUGUCAUUUAAUGAUUUUGUUCAUUAUUAGCAUCGCAAUAAACACAAUUAAAUCUAACCAUAAUUACACUAUUUGAUCAGAAUUAGAUAAAAAUAAUAUAUAUAUAUAUAUAUAUAUAUAAGAGUUAUAGAUUAUCGUUUAUUGAUUACGGUAUUAUUAGCGCCGCAAUAAAUAAUUAAAUCUAUUACAAAAAUUAGAUUUAAAUAGUUUUUUCUUUUGUCAGUUUGCAUGAGAUAUAAUUUCUGGAAAUACAUACCCUUUAAGUUCCUUAUAAACAAUAGAAAGAUGAUUUAUUUGACUUUUAUUUUUACCUCAUUAAAGGGAAAAUCCAUAAAUGUAAAAAAAGAAGAAGAUAACUUCCAUUUUAUUCCACAAAGAGAGUGGUUACAAUGGUAAAAUGGACACAAGAAUAGCUUAUAAAUAGGCACAAGACAUGACACAAACAUGCAUACUUCCAUCUUCACCUCUUUACACCAAACUGAAAUAAACGAGAAGGUAAUCUACAUUUCUUACUCGUGUCUGUUUUUUUUUACAGUUUCUUUCAUUAGAUUCUAACCCAUAUUGGCCAAACCUCUGAUUCUGAUUAUAAUGUGAGAUCCCUGUAACCUCUUUAAUGAGAGAUGAUCAUCAAAAUUUUCUACUUUUUUUUUGAUAAGUAGUGUAUACUUCUAUUUUAUUGACCAACCAUUUUGGCUUUCUGAUCAUCUGUCGUCCAUAUGUGUCAUGCAAUUUAGUUUCUUGAUUGUGAUAUCUAUUUUAAGGAUCUUCAUGCACCUUUGCUUUCUUUUGUAAUACUGGUGUCAGUUACCUCCCCAGUAUAAAACAGUCUUCGCUGUUGUGUGGAAGACUGGUUUGAGCCUUGAGAUUUAGUCCUUAAGGAAAAGGUUUUGAAAUUGAUUUUCAUGGUUGAGUGUUGUUUCUGGUAAAUGUUGACAUCAUUUUAGCAGGAAAAAUGCUGAAGGUGCCAAGCAACAGGACCAGAGUGUCACCAUACCCGCUUCGCUCUACAAGGACUCAGAAAGAACCUAUCGAGGCACAAGGCCCAAGCCAAUGGGAGGAUGUCUUGUGUGUGAUCUGCCAGGAAGCGCCACACAAUGCCAUCCUCAUGCGGUGCUCUUCAUCCUCUACUGGAUGCCGUGCUUACAUGUGCGAUACGAGUGUUCGUCACUCCAACUGUUUCAAGCAGUACCGAAAGAAAAACAUGAACCGCGUAACCAAGGUCUUUAACUGUCCUUACUGCAGAGGAAAGGUCUAUGAGGCGAUGAAGGUGCAGUCGGAUGGAAGGAGAGCUCUAAAUGCUAAACCGAGGUCUUGCGCUUUCGAGAACUGCAAUUUCUCUGGGACAUAUUCUCAGCUUAAGAAUCACUUGAAAGCUGAUCACCCCGGUUCCACCCGACCUUUGGUUGACCAGGAGAGAGAGCGGGUGUGGGAACAGAUGCAGAGAGUUACUCAGUACAAUGAUAUCAGUAUUGCAGCUGGUCUCCCACGUAGCGGCCUCGAGGUUUUGCAUCAACAGCUUCCCGAUGUUCCUCCUUGUCUGGUGAUCCUGCUCUGGGUCAAUGGAGUGGUUCAGGGCAUUUUGCAUCAUCAACUUCCCAACAGUCUUCCGCAUAGUUUCGAGAUCCGGGCUGGGGCCAAUGUGGUUGUGCGGAACUAUCUUCUGUGCUUCCGCGGACUUGGUGCUGCUUCGCCUCUCAUUAUUCAUGAUUCUUAACUUUGUAUAGCGUCUUUUUAGUAGCCAAAGUUUUGAACAUUGUUCAAAAGUUUGAUAUCUAAUUAAACUUUUUGAUGUCUCAAAAGUAUCCAUAAUGUUCAAAUUAUCAUAUCAUCAUGUAAGUCAUAUAUAUAUAUUAGGUGAUUCUCCCGUUCUUUUAAAUAACGUAAAUAUAUGAUAAUAACCAAUUAAUGUUUUACUUUCAGUUUUAAAUUUUUUUUAUCGCAUCAAUUUCUCCAAAUUCAACAAUAACUUUUUUGUUCUAAAUUAUAUAUAAAAUUUUGAUUAAUUUUUUUAUUUGCAUUUAGGUUGGGUGUUAUCUUUAUAGUAAAAUUAUGUAUAACUUAAUACCUAUUUCAUAAAUCUAAAUAGAAAAUAACAGGUUGACUGAUUCAAAAUUACACAAACGAACAUAAGAAUUACAUUUGCU